GCGGGAGGUCCAGCGGCGCGGGGCCCGUGUUGCAGCCGAGCUGGAGCGGGGAAGAGCCGCGUUGCAGCGAGCGGACCUGUGGCAGGUGCCUGGACAUUCCCCUUUAGCUAACUGCCUCACUUUGCCAUUGCCACUGCACAUCUCCUACUGCUUCUGCUGUGGACUUGCAGUCAGCUGCAACAGGUUUUUGCCUGCAUCUUUCCAUGCUUCUUCUUCAUGUGCUUCUCCAGUUCCAUCUCUGUUCUUUAACCUGUUAUCAGUUUAACCUCAAGACUUAGAAGAUAUAAUACACAUGGCACAGCUUGUAAGACUUUUUCAGACACUGUUAUUUCUAAUACUUCGUGACUACGUCUCAGCUGAAGAUGGGGAAACAAGAGCAAGUUGCAGAACUGCUCCAGCUGAUUUAGUCUUUAUCUUAGAUGGCUCUUACAGUGUUGGCCCCGAAAACUUUGAAAUAAUCAAAAGAUGGCUUGUCAAUAUUACAAGAAAUUUUGAUAUAGGGCCAAAAUUUAUCCAAGUUGGAGUGGUUCAGUACAGUGAUUACCCUGUACUUGAAAUCCCUCUAGGAACUCAUGAAUCCACUGAAAAUCUUAUCAGGGAAAUGGAAUCCAUACACUACCUGGGAGGAAAUACAAGAACAGGAAGAGCUAUUCAGUUUGCCUAUGACCAUCUUUUUGCAAAAUCUUCAAGAUUUUUAACAAAAAUAGCAGUUGUUCUCACUGAUGGAAAAUCCCAAGAUGAAGUCAAAGAUGUAGCAGCAGAAGCAAGGAAAAAUAAAAUCACUUUGUUUGCAAUUGGUGUUGGCUCAGAAAUUGAGGAGGAUGAACUUAAAGCUAUUGCCAACAAGCCUUCAUCAACUUAUGUAUUUUAUGUUGAAGAUUAUAUUGCAAUAUCGAGAAUUAAAGAAGUUAUAAAGCAAAAGCUCUGUGAAGAAUCUGUUUGUCCAACAAGAAUUCCAGUGGCAGCUCGAGAUGAGAAAGGAUUUGACAUUCUUGUAGGACUAGGUGUGAAGAAAAAGGUUAAAAAGAGAAUUCAAAUACCAACUACUAAUGCUAAAGCUUAUGAAGUAACAUCCCGUGUUGACCUGUCAGAGUUGACAAGGAAUGUGUUUCCAGAAGGUCUGCCUCCAUCCUAUGUGUUUGUUUCCACUCAAAGAUUUAAAGUAAAAAAGACGUGGGAUUUGUGGAGAGUUCUAAGCCUGGAUAAGAGACCACAGAUAGCAGUCACAAUUAAUGGAGAAGAGAAAACAUUGUCAUUCACUACAACAAGUUUAAUAAAUGGCACACAGGUUAUUACUUUUGCUGCACCUCGUGUAAAGACAUUGUUUGAUGAAGGCUGGCAUCAGAUUCGUCUCUUAGUUACAGAAGACUUUGUAACUUUGUAUAUAGAUGACCAAGAAAUUGAAACAAAACCAUUACAUCCUGUUUUAGGUAUUUACAUCAGUGGACUAACCCAAAUAGGAAAGUAUUCUGGAAAGGAGGAAACUGUACAGUUUGAUAUACAGAAACUGCGAAUCUACUGUGACCCAGAGCAAAAUAAUCGAGAGACAGUCUGUGAGAUCCCAGGAUUUAAUGGAGAGUGCAUGAAUGGCCCAAGUGAUGUAGGCUCCACACCUGCCCCCUGCAUAUGCCCUCCAGGAAAACAAGGACCUCCAGGCCCCAAAGGAGAUCCUGGGCAGCCUGGGAAUCAUGGUUAUCCUGGUCAGCCCGGUCCAGAUGGUAAGCCUGGUUAUCAAGGAUCAGCAGGAACUCCAGGAAUCCCAGGAACUCCGGGGGUUCAAGGACCACGUGGCUUACCAGGUAUCAAGGGAGAACCAGGAAAGGAUGGAACAAAGGGUGACCGUGGACUGCCUGGUUUUCCUGGAUUACAUGGGAUGCCAGCACCAAAGGGAGAAAGGGGCCCUAAAGGAGACCAAGGAGUGCCAGGGAUAUAUGGAAAAAAGGGAUCAAAGGGAGAGAAAGGUGAUACAGGGUUUCCAGGAAUGCCUGGACGAUCUGGAGACCCUGGCAGAAGUGGGAAAGAUGGAUUGCCAGGAAGUCCUGGUUUCAAGGGAGAAGUUGGACAGCCUGGAUCUCCAGGACUAGAAGGACAUAGGGGAGAGCCUGGAAUUCCUGGAAUCCCUGGAAAUCAAGGAGCAAAAGGACAAAAGGGUGAAAUUGGACCACCAGGUCUACCAGGAGCAAAAGGGUCACCAGGGGAAACUGGUUUGAUGGGACCAGAAGGCUCAUUUGGACUACCUGGUGCUCCUGGGCCUAAGGGUGAUAAAGGUGAACCUGGUCUACAGGGGAAACCCGGAUCAUCAGGAGCCAAGGGAGAACCAGGAGGACCGGGUGCCCCAGGUGAACCAGGUUAUCCAGGCAUCCCUGGUACCCAGGGUAUAAAGGGGGACAAAGGAAGCCAGGGUGAAAGUGGUAUCCAGGGACGAAAAGGAGAAAAAGGGAGACAAGGAAAUCCGGGCUUACAGGGAACGGGAGGAUUGAGGGGAGAACAAGGAGAGAAAGGUGAGAAGGGAGACCCAGGCAUUCGAGGCAUCAAUGGACAGAAGGGAGAAUCCGGUAUCCAGGGUCUGGUUGGACCUCCUGGUGUCAGAGGUCAGCCUGGAGACAGAGGGCCCCCAGGACCACCUGGAUCAGAUGGAAAACCUGCACGAGAAUUUUCAGAAGAAUUUAUUCGACAGGUGUGUUCAGAUGUACUGAGAACCCAGUUACCUAUGAUCCUACAGAGUGGAAGGCUACAAAACUGCAACCACUGUCAGUCCCAAAGUGCUUCCCCAGGACUUCCAGGACCACCAGGUCCAAGAGGCCCUGAAGGUCCAAGAGGGUUUCCUGGUUUGCCAGGGAAUGACGGUGUUCCAGGUCUGACUGGCAUCCCAGGUCGCCCUGGGGUUCGUGGGACAAGAGGAUUGCCAGGGAAAAAUGGUGCUAAAGGCAAUCAAGGCAUUGGAGUUCCUGGGAUCCAAGGCCCACCAGGACCUCCAGGUCCGGAAGGUCCCCCUGGUAUGAGUAAGGAAGGACGCCCUGGAGAGCGUGGGCAGCCUGGUAAAGAUGGAGAUCGUGGCAGUCCCGGAAUGCCAGGACCAGUCGGACCCCCUGGAAUCUGUGACCCAUCCCUGUGUUUUAGUGUCAUUGUUGGAAGAGAUCCAUUUAGAAAGGGACCAAAUUAUUAAUUUUUUUAUAUAAUAAUUUAGAGGAAUAGAUAUGGUGCUUGUCUUUAACGGUCUUUCAAGUCUCAGGAAGGUGACCAGCAAUAAUUCCAUAAACAAGAACAGAAGUACCUCUGACAUUAUGAACAUUAAACAUUUACAGUCCUUUAAAAAAGGAAAUCCAUUUUUUAAAAUAACUUGCAACAAUUGAAGUGUUUUUUAAAUAAACCAUCAAUUCUAAUAGAAAUAAGUAUAACUAUAAUAUUUGGCAGUUAGUAUUUAAGUGUCUUGUCAUAGUCCUGCUGCCACUGAAGUCCUAUGCAAAAGAGCAGGGGACUCCACUGGCAGCAGGAUUGGCCUGAAAUGGUAUAGGUCAGAUGUAAACUACUGUGAAAUCUUUCACAUGCAGCUGACAUAUACAGUAUUUGAUUUUGAAAGAAUGUGUCUGGCUUUGACUUCAUAUGUGUGUUAAUCUCAUUGGCUUGUGUAUGUUUCAUAGCUCAAAGUGUUCUAUGAACAAAAAUUUAUAUUGGAUUUUUAUAAAUUAAGGGAAAUAUCUCUACUUGUUAUAGAAGUAGUAUUGCCUAUUUUGCCAUGUGGUUCCCUAUUUAAAACCAAGGUGAAAUGCAAGGUUAGACCUCCUACUGAUUCAAGAGCUGAGGUUUUAUUUAAGGUGGCACUUUCGGCCACAGGUCAAAAAGGUCUCAUGUGGGUGAUUCAGCAUAUGUGACAAUAAAUGGAAAAAAAUAAAAAAGAAUGGAAUGUUGGAAAUGUUGGCUUAUAGCUAUAAUUUGAUGAAAAAUAAUUAAUAAAAAAGUUUACACAAGCCCAUUGUGACAGUUCUGCAUAAUUAUGAGUUAAGUUAUGUAGCCAUUGCUGUUUCUGCCUAAGAACUGCAGUUGCCAAAUUGAAGAAGUAGGUUUACAAGGAGAAAGGUCUAACUGCUGGCUAACUAACUGCAAUGUUUGUUGUGCUGUUUCCUUUUUCAUUUUAAGCACAGUUUGUGUAAUUUUCUUUGUAUGCUCUGCUGAUGAUGUGUAUUGCUUGCUUUCACAUAAAUGGCAAAUGCACAGUUCCAGGAGAAUUUUAAAUCCUUUUCUUAAAUUAAGGCAGAGUCUUGUACUGAGCUUACCCAAUGCUUUAUAAAUUGCUUUUUCUAAUGUGUUGUUUUUCUGUUGUCCCACUAUGAGAUUGGUCAUAUGCUUGAUGUUCAAGGGAAAAUAAAAUUUUGUAUAGAACUUGUGGUGGUUUGAUGAGCGAUUGGAAGAGUCGCUGAAGUCCUGUAUUGCAGAAAAAAAGUGGCACCUGUACUACAGGUAGGGAUGUUUCCAGCUCACAGUUUUGCCUUUUUGUUUGGUGUCCUUCCAUUUCCUCUGGAUACAGCACCAGCCUUAGGAGCAGCACCGCUUGCUGCUUGGUGCUCAGUGACUGCUGCCUGCUUAGAGCUACAGUCUUGUGAUAUGCUGCAGCAAGUAGCUUAGCCAAAUCAUAUAGUGUAGUUCAAGCGUUAGUGUCUCAUCAACUUUGUUUAGAAACCUGUGAGAUAGUUCUUUAAAGAUACCAACUUGAGAGAAAAUUAAUUUGCAUGAAAUUUGCUCCCUUGGCACACACUGCUGGACUGUGCCCAUGUGAACAAGGACCGACUGAAUCUGUGGGAGACACAAAUGCAGCUCUUCUUCACAUGCAUUCAGUUUCAUUUUAUUUGAGAGCUGGCAGCAAAACAAGUCACUAGGUCAGGAAGGAGUCAGGACCCCAGUGUACUUUCAGAACCCUUCUGAGAUGUCCAGUCUGUAUUCAAAUUUAAGCCCAUAUUUGCAUCACCUUUCUCUAAUAAGAUUGCUAGUGUUGUGACCUAUGAGCCAUAUCUUUUGGGAAGUAUCUGAUGAACCUCUGACUACAGUGAAUACAAGCAGAAAACAUACAUUUCUUACUUGUAGAAAAUGCCAGUUUUUGUUUCUAUUAUGAUGUAAAACAACACUUAGACAUACUUCUACAUAAAAGAAAUGAUGAAAAUUGGAAUUUUUGAGAUAUUUUACCCCAUUCAUCCAGUCAAAAUUGCUUUCUGUAUCUAAACACGUUAGAUUUGUGGAUUGGAAAAAAAUUUUAACAUAAUACUCUUGACCAGUAAAAAUGUCUUGAUUUGUCCUGUCUAGUUUUUGAUGGCAAAGGUUAUGAUUUCAUGAGAUCAAAUUCACACAUAUAUCACACUUUGAUUUUAAAAAUAAUAGUGGUGUUGUCACCCUGUUUGUCCUACUGGGGGACUGUCUCUUUCCCCUCCUUUCCCCUCCUUUCCCCCUGCUUUCCUUUUUUUCUUUUUUUUAUCUGUCUGUCUGUCUCAGAUGAGCCAUUCUGGAAAUAUAUCUGUAAUUCUAAGUAAGAAAUGUCAUUCGUACCUCAGUGAUACUUACAAACAUAGUACUGUUCAGAUUACCUUUUUAUGAAUUCUUAGUUAAGCUGCACAAUUGCCAUGUAGAUCUUCUGCGUUUAAAUGGUAUUAAACAGAUCUAUUACCUCUUCUGUUGUUUUAUUCUUUUGUAUAGCAGAUGAGCUCCUAUAGGGUAGGGUAAUUCUGCCUUCAGGGUACCCAGCUUAAAGUAGCUGUGCUUAUUAGUUCUUACUUAGCUUUAGCUUUUUUACUGUCCCAACUCCAACCUAAAUUCCCCUUUGUUCUGAUCUUCCUUUCUUUUGAUCCCAUCUUCAUUAGCAUGCUCCUACAUUUUAUGAGAAGGAAAACUUUCAAAACUCAGCAAUAAAGAAACUUCACUCACUGUAUUAAAAGAAAAAGAAAAAAAAAAAAAGAAAAAAAAAUAGUGGUCUUUAAACCCUUGGUUUGGAAGAGGAGAUUUGAAGCUGAACUCCUUUGAUUGCUUUACCUACUAAGCUGUCUGGCUUUGGCUUUAGUAGUGCUAUAUCUACGAUAUUUUCCUAUAAAUUCAAGUUUACUGAGCCUAUCAUGUUUCUUCAGAAAGGGUUUGUUUUUAGCAACCAGAGGCAGUUCUAAUUAUCCACUGUGUUUAGGGACAUGGUUGAGUGAGAACUAUUGGUGCUAUGUGGACCACUGAACUGGAUGAUCUUGUAGGGCUUUCCAACCUUGGUGAUUCUGCGAUCCAUCCAGCCCAUUCAGGUGCCUUUUUCAAGGCUAGUAACAAAACAAUUUUAGUAUGUACAAAGUCAUGGAUUGAUAUUUUAUCAAAGAAUAUGAACAUAUUUUCAGUGUCUUCAACUAAUCCUAAAUUAAGAGGUUAAACAAAUGAUAUAAAUUGAGUAAAUAAAAUAUCAGGUUAUUGAUCCACAGGAGAGACACUCGUAUGUACUAUACAUGCAAACUAUAUGAGGUUCUUGCAGGUAUUCAUCUGCAGUCAGAAGCCGUGAAUAAAAAAUGGCAACAUUAAAAAAUGUUUCUGUUUAACAACCAGAUAUUGUCUGGAAACAGCCAUGAGGAACUCUUAACUGGCAUUUAGUCUCCUGAUGAUCAUCUUUAAAAUUGGAUCUUGGGCUAAAUUUUAAGCUGAGGGCAGGAUGCAAGAAAAGUUUCCAGAUUUCGUUUAGUAACAUCCUGUUUGCUUGUCAGUCCUGAGUUUAAAUACAUUCCCUGGUUGAUCUAAUUCCUGUUGGUAUCAGUAUAGGAUCUACAGUUCAGUACAGUAAUUUGGAUAUAAUGUCAACUCGUUGUAUCUGCAUAUGUAAAAUGGACUUAACAUUUAUCACUUUGCUUCAGUUGUUAUCUGCUAUUAUUUCUUAGAUACUGAGGUAAGUAUCUCCACAUAAAGAUGCAGAACUGCAGUGUAUUAGUGUGGGAACUGGAUUUCUUAAUGAAAGGUAAGUGGUGUGUGAUGCUCAAAAACGUUCAGUCUGAAAAUCAUAAUCUUCUUAGGAAAGUCUGGAGUAAGGACAUUUGAUAUGUUUGAUAUGUACCUACACAUAACAGGGAAAGAUCUGAUGUCACAGGUGGCUUCCACAUGCAUAUUUACUUGGUGAGUGUAUAUAUACACAUAUGUGUAUCUGUGUGUGCAUGUAAUGUAUGUAUACUUUACAUAUGUAGACAUGGUUCUCAGUUCCUCAUUAAACUGUAAGAUAUAGUCUUACAAUUAAAGAAGAUGAA